AUCACGUUGUGUCUUGUUACCCGGUGGCUGCCACCACUAAAGUAGUUCUCCCAGCAGCUGUUUGCUGUAAAGCAAAAAGGCUUCCAUUCCUAAAUGAAAUCCCUUGUGUCUCUUAUAUGGUCUUAGCUUGGGAGAUCUUGCACGAGGCUUUACCCAGGGCUAAACAGCAAAGGAAACUGGGUAUUUUCUCCACUGUCCCUGACUCAGCUUUGAUGACUGUUUUAAUUGCUAUUGCAAACAGAUCAGGUUGGAAUGUCAGAGUGAGCAUGCAGGCUGAUCAGCUUUCUGGUGAUUUUAGUGAGGUUGUGGGAGCUGUUCUUCUUCCUCCUUAUAAUGUAAAAAACUGCUGAAAUAGCUAGCAGUGUUACAGGCAUCAAAUACAUUGUGUUUGUCUGUGACAACUAGACAGAUUUUCCAUUGAAUUCAACAACAUUUAGAGGUACAAAUGAGGAGGUCUACUACCAUGUCCUCUGCAUGUCGAAAAUAAUGCAGAAAUCCUCUCUGCAAACCCAAAUGCCACAAAUCUACCGUUGGCUGAUAUCUAUGGAUUUGGGCAGAAAGUCGUUGUCUUUGGACGCAACAGCUGUUCAAAGAGUGAAAUCUCAAGACAUUGAUCUUUUGUCUGUAAAAGAAUCUGAAUCAUACUUCAGAUGCCAGAUCGUACCCAUAAUAGUCCUGAACAGUGAAGCCAAGGACCAGCUGUCUGACAUUCCAGUGAUGCCCAAGCACUGUCUAUUCCAGAAAGAUUCAGUCUAUAUUGUCACCGGUGGUCUAACGGGAUUGGGCUUUGAGACAGUAAAGUUCAUCGCUCAGAAAGGAGGAGGAAAAAUUGUUAUUCUGUCUAGAAGUAAUCCAAACUCUAGGAUGCAACAAGAGAUAAGUCAAGUCAGUAGCCAAUGGGAUUCAGUCAUUAAAUCUCUCCCAUGUGAUGUUUCAAUUUCUGAGCAAGUGGACCAGAUGAUUGUUAAUAUUGGAAAACUAUUUCCAUCCAGUCCCAUUAAAGGGGUAUUCCACAGUGCGGUUGUCCUGCAUGAUGGGCUGAUUGAACGUCUUGACAGGUCUCUUUAUGAGAAAGUCAUGAGGCCAAAGGUGAAUGGAGUGAUUAACCUUCAUCGUGCAACCUUACAAUGCAAUCUGGAUUACUUUGUGUGUUAUUCCUCCAUCUCUGCCUUCAUUGGCAAUCCCGCACAAACAAAUUACGCUGCGGCUAAUACGUUCAUGGACACUUUCUGUCAGUACCGCAGAAACAUUGGGCUUUCUGGACAGUCCAUUAAUUGGGGGCUUUGAAUCUUGGCCUUCUUCUGAACAAAGUCCAUUUCCAAAGAUUUCUGGAGGGCAAAGGGAAUCAUGCUUUUGGAGAUUCCAGAAAUCCAUGAAAGUCUUGAGCAGUGCCUUUUGAUCAACAAGCCUCAACAGGCUGUAUGCAGGUUCGAUUUUAAAAAAAGCUGGAAUAACAUCCUUAGUCAGAAAC